UGAUCCUCUGUGUCCCUCGGACGCAGCAGAUCACCGAUCCAUGGAAAGAGCCGAAGAUGUCGGCUCGGUCAUGUGAUCAGCUGUGUCCAAUCACAGCUGAUCACAUGGGACAUGUACACUGAUCAUCAGGGCACUGAUGAUCAGUGUGGCCCUAGAAGUGCCACCUGUCAGUGUCCAUCAGUGCCAGCUGUCAGCGCUGAACAGUGCCACAUGCCAGUGCCCAUCAGUACCACAUAUCAGUGCCUACCAGUGCACAUCAAUGCCACAUAUCAGUGACCAUCUGAGCUGCCCUUCAGUGCCACCCAUCAGUGCCGCCAGUCAGUGCCACCUAACAGUGCCAUAUAUCAGUGAUGCCUGCCAAUGCCCAUCAGUGCCACCUACCAGUACCUCCUCAUCAGUGUCCAUCAGUACAUCUUAUCAGUGCCCAUCACUGCAGCCUCAUUAGCACACAUCAGUG